AUGAACCUGCAACCUGAACCAGCAGCUGAUGAUCACCAUCGCCACACUGCAAGGUCUCUUCCUUCAGAGAAGCAGCUGCAGAGAGGGACACGAGCCUGCUCCUCCAAAGGGCAGAGGCGAGGAGUAUUUGCUUCAUUACAGGUCUUGGAUACAAAAGACCUACAGGUAUUUAAAGUGACUGUAAAUGGACAGGAUGCAAAAUUUGUUUUUGGAGAAAAACACACUUUCAAGGGGACCCCCCUGGAAAUCACACUUCCUUUUGAACUAAGAAGGGGACAAGAAGCAAUUGUUGAAAUCUCCUUUGAAAGCUCUCCAAAGUCUUCAGCUCUCCAGUGGUUUUCCCCAGAGCAAACGUCUGGAAAGAAACAUCCAUUUCUCUUCAGCCAGUGUCAGGCUACCCACUGCAGAGCCAUCCUUCCAUGCCAAGACACACCUGCUGUGAAACUAACAUACUAUGCAGAGAUUUCUGUUCCUAAAGAGUUGGUGGCUCUUAUGAGUGCUAAUCGUGAUGGAGAGAUUCCUGACCCAGAGGACAGCAGUCGGAAGAUAUACCGUUUCAGUCAGAACGUUCCCAUACCUUGCUACUUGAUUGCUUUAGUGGUUGGAGCUUUAGAAAGCAGAAAGAUUGGCCCAAGGACACUGGUGUGGGCUGAAAAGGAGCUAGUGGAUAAAUCAGCCUAUGAAUUUGCUGAGGCUGAAGCUAUGCUGAAAACAGCAGAAGAUUUAGCAGGACCCUAUAUAUGGGGGCAGUAUGAUUUGUUAGUCUUACCACCUUCUUUUCCUUAUGGUGGUAUGGAGAAUCCUUGUCUUACUUUUGUAACUCCAACACUGUUGGCAGGUGAUCGAUCUCUAUCAAAUGUUAUUGCUCAUGAAAUCUCUCACAGCUGGACAGGAAACUUGGUAACAAACAAAACAUGGGAGCAUUUUUGGCUGAAUGAGGGACAUACAGUGUACCUGGAACGCAGGAUUGGUGGUCGGUUGUUUGGUGAGCAGUUCAGGCACUUUCAAGCCCUAGGCGGUUGGAGGGACCUGCAGAAUACGAUAAAUACUCUUGGAGAUAAAAAUCCUGUAACUAACCUUAUCCCUAAUCUGAAUGAAGUAGAUCCUGAUGUUGCAUAUUCAUCUGUUCCCUAUGAGAAAGGCUUUGCUUUGCUUUUUUACCUUGAACAACUUCUUGGAGGACCAGAUGUUUUCAUUGGCUUCCUGAAGGCUUACAUUCAGCAGUUUGCUUAUAAGAGCAUAGUAACUGAGGACUGGAAGAAGUUUUUGUACUCCUACUUCAAGGAUAAGGUAGAUGUUCUUGAUAAAGUUGAUUGGAACUUGUGGUUUCAUGCUCCAGGAAUGCCACCAGUGAAGCCUACGUAUGAUAUGACACUAGCAAAUGCUUGUGUUGCCUUGAGCCAAAGAUGGAUCAAAGCAAAAGAGAGUGACUUGGGCUCAUUCAGCUCAGCAGACCUGAAGGAAAUGUCAUCUCAUCAGUUGAUUGAGUUCCUGGCACUGUUGCUUCUGGAGGCUCCUCUUCCAGUGUCACAUGUCCAGCGAAUGCAGCAAGUAUAUGACUUCAAUGCUAUAAACAAUUCUGAAAUAAGAUUCAGAUGGCUGCGCCUCUGCAUCAAGUCCAAGUGGGAAGAAGCUAUUCCUCUGGCUCUAAAAAUGGCAACAGAUCAGGGCAGGAUGAAGUUUACUCGACCAUUGUUCAGGGACCUUUACAGUUUUGACAAGUGUCGAGAUCUGGCUGUCAAGACAUUUCUGGAGCAUAGAGCCUCUAUGCACCCAGUCACUUCAAUGCUUGUGGGCAAAGACUUGAAACAGGAUCAGUGAUAAAUUUACUGAUUUCUUUGAAAUUUUCUUCUUGCUGAAGGAAGAGACUGAUUCCACAGACAGUUAAUAUACGUGCUUGAUUAUUGCCAUAAAAUGCUCUGCUGCUUUGGUACUAAUUUAUCUUAAAAAUGUAUUUUCCAAAUCAAGUUCAGUACUUUGUUUUGCCUUUCCACAUAAAAGAGCAAAAUUGCUAAAUCUCUGGAAUUGGGAGAAUGGUUUUGUUACAAGUGAUUUUUGGAACACACAAAAAAGCUGUUCUGAGAUGUAGUCAGUUGUCAGUCAUGGAAUUUAAAAACAUGGAAAAUUAAUUGGUGGAUGGUACGGCUCCUUGUGGACAGCUUUCUUUUUCGUAGCAAUGUGGGUGAAAUUUCCAAGUAUCUGAAGAUGAAAAAAUAAAUCUUUUCAUUGUCUACUUGUCUGUGUAUUGAUCCAUAAGAAAAGUUUUGAAAUAAUAGUUUUGUUUCAUUUGCCCUUCUUUGUUGUGGGAGAAAUUUUUAUUUUGGGUCCAGGAGGACUGUGAAGACCUAAAUGGAUCACAGCAUUCCAGUGUUAGAGCAGAAUUUCCAUCUAGCCCUAUUUGUCAUGGCUUUGUUAUGUUAGUCAAUUCCUUGCGUUAAUUACAAUAUCAUGGUCUUACUUGGUUAUUCCUAAUGGAUCCUAUGCUGUGCACUAAUAGUUGUCUGAAAUAAUACUUUGUUUUCUUUUUUUAACAAACUUGGGAUUUUAACCAAAUUUUAGUUUUAGCAACUUUUUCCAAAUUUUUUCAACCCACUGUAUAUUUCCAGAACUUCUCAUAAUUGCAGGCAGCACUAAAGCCCAAGUCUUUAAUUUUGCAGUUUGAAUUUUUUAAUAUUUGCAUUUUUUAACCAGUUCUGGGCACUACCGCUUACACUAAUGUAACAUCUUAGAGAUAAGUUUAAAAACAAUUGAAGGGCUGUUUUUCUUGUAAUUGUUACAGCACUUCAGUGCCAGUCGGUGGUUUAGAUGAAACUUGUGAAUACUGCCAUCUGUAGAUCGGGUUUUGAAGUGACUGAUAACUGCUUUUCCUGGAGACAAUCAGCAUAAAUUAAUCUGUUGACAUAGAGAUAAUCCCAUAUCAAAGAGUAACCAAAAAAAAAAAAAAAAAGCUGUUUAGAGGAGGAGGAUACCAGAUACAGGUCAUGGCAAAAGGCUUGGAUUUAAUAAUAGCACUUCAGGUGGGAGUGGAGGGCCUAUAAGUCAGUUUAUUUUUCUUCCGAAUUUUGAUCAGUAUAAGCUUUCAAGUAGAUGACAUUAUGUACUUUACCAGGAGAUUCGUCUUUUCAUGCUGGAAGCUCUAAUAUAAAUUAAGACAUGAACAUAUCUUGUUGGAUUUUAUUGAUUCAAGGCAUCCCGAGUUCUUCCAUUCAACUUUAUCCUACAUAUGUCUACGUAGUUUAAAUAAAAAUGAGAGAAAAAUUAACUCCUAGGUGAUUGAGGCUCAAAACCCAGUUCAAAUUCUUUCUAUGAAUGUUGUGACACUCAGCUUUUAAUAAACGCAAUAAAAUACUGGCUUUUUUGGAA